AUGCUCGGUAUUAUCAUUGGUAUUUCUGCGGUUGUCGGCAUGGUCUCGAUUGGAGACGGAGCAAAGUUUUUAGUCUUAGCGGAGUUUGAACGAAUGGGUGGAUCCGAUCUAAUUAUCUGUUUCCGUCCGCGCUGGAUCCAGAGGGAGGAUGGCACCUGGAUCCAGAAUAAAGCCCCGGUAUACCUCGAAUACGAAGAUAUUGAUGCAAUUAUGAUGUCCUGCCCGUCGGUGAAAAGCAUCACAGGGGAGAUUGAUACGAUGGCGCGGCCCAUAUCGUACAAAGGGGAGACGAAGCAUUUCCGCUUUGAAGGUGUUACGCCGCUUUAUCAAGAAGUGCACAAUUGGUAUGUCCAAUCCGGGCGUUUUAUCCAACGGGAAGAUUUGGAUCGGAACGAGUCGGUAUGUGUAAUUGGGACGGAAGUCCAGAGAGAUCUGUUCGGCAAAACCGAUCCAAUCGGUCAAGAAUUGAAAAUUGGUAGACAGCGAUUUACCGUCGUCGGAGUGAUGAAAGAGAAAGGCGACAAAAUGGCGACCGAGGGUUGGGAUAAAAAGCUGAUUGUUCCAUUUACGACGAUGUGGACCCGUUUCAUCGGCAACCAGAAGCGGGGAUUUGAAUUAUGGCUGAAAGCGGAGAGUUUUGAAAAAGUGGAUCAGGCGUUGGCAGAAGUGAUGAUUACCCUGCGUCGCCGGCACGGUUCUGAAGAGCACUUUCAAUUUUACACUGCAAAAGCAGUUUUGGAACAGGUCGGAAAACAGUUUCUAAUCGAAUCAGUUGUGCUGAGUGUCUCUGGAGGACUGAUUGGAAUUCUCAUCAGCGGGUUCAUUACUUUUGUAGUCGCAUGGGGAGUCACAACGUUUCUCAUCAAAGAGACGGAAUGGCCCGCAGUGGUAUCUUUAUGGGCGGCGGCUGUUGCUUUCGGUUCUUCUGCGUUUAUCGGUAUAGUAUUUGGCAUUCUUCCUGCCUACAAGGCGGCGCGGUUGAUGCCAACUGAAGCUCUGCGCCAUGAGUAA